AUUUCAAUAAAUGGAGAUAAACAUUAUCUGCAUACGAAUAACAUUCGACAUAUAUGGAUUGAAACAUUCGAUUCCUAUAUAAGUAUUGUACUUUGUACAUGUACGCAAUUCCUUGGAAAACACAUAUCGUUUACUUGAUUAUUUGCUUUCUUCAAUAACGAAAAUUCGAUCACGGGUAAUCACUCCGCGUUCAGCUUCCUAAGGACGAUGUCAUCUUUGUUAGUUGCGAUAUUACUUUUGAUCGUCGCGUACAAGUUUUAUGAGUUUCUCAAAUGUGUACCAGCAAACACUCCACCAUGUAUUCCUCGAGUACCAGUAGGUGGAUCUUACUGGCACUUGCUUUGGGGUGAUUACAAAUAUCCAUACAAAACAAUUUCCUACUACAUAAAGAAAUUACACUCUAAAAUUCUUACGUGUUAUUUCGGUGGAUUCAUGGCUAUUGUCGCGAAUGAUUACGAAAGUAUUAAAGAAAUAUUGACGAGGGAAGAGUUCGACGGUAGAGCUACCGUCAUAGACGUUUUCAAGGCAAGAGCUUUCGGAAAGGAGCUAGGUAUCUUUUUCACCGAUGGCUCAUUUUGGAAAGAACAAAGGAGAUUUACUCUUCGCCACAUGAGGGACUUCGGAUUCGGUAGGAGACACGACAAGUACGAAAGUGAUAUGAUGGAAGAAGUUAACAUCCUCGUCAACAUGUUAAAAGAAGGCCCUAUAAAUGAAGAAGAAAAGGCAUAUCUCAAACCCGGCUGUGCGCUAUUCCCAGACGUUCUGUACCCGUACAGCGCGAAUAGUAUAUGGAACAUAAUGUUCGGUGAAAGAUUCGACCGUUCUGAAUAUCACAAACUGAGCUACCUCUGUCGAGCCGCGAUGAAGUUUCAAAGAGCAGGCGACACGACUGGCGGUGCGAUUGUCCAACAUUGGUUCUUGAAGUAUUUCGGCGAUCUGUUCAGCUAUAAAAGCAUCAUGGACGGCAAUUAUGGCAUGGUCUACUUCAUUAAGAAAUACGUGGUGGACCGAAAACAGUCGGAUUAUGAAGAUAUCGAGAGAGGGCUGGUAGACAGAUACCUGAAGGAACUGAAGAAGAAUCGUAACGUAAAGUCUACGUUCUCGGAAGAACAACUGCUUAUAGCUCUGACAGAUUUUAGCUUUCCAGCUUACUCCGCGCUACCAAGUGUUGUUGUACACACCAUAAAACUACUUAUGCAUAAUCCUGAUAGUUUGAGGAAGGUGCAAGAGGAAAUAGAUCAAGUGGUCGGGACCGGAAGACGCGUUACGUGGGAAGAUAGGAAAUAUUUGCCAUACACCGAAGCAGUGAUACGCGAAUCUCUCAGGUACGAAACAAUUACACCCUUUGGUGUGCUUCACAAAGCGUUGGAGGACACUACUCUUUGUGGUUUCAACGUUCCUAAAGGUGCAUUAGCAGUUACAAAUUUACACGCAAUGCAUCACGAUCCCGACUUGUGGGGUGAUCCUGAGAACUUCAGGCCAGAACGAUUUCUUAACGAGGAGGGCCAAUUAGGCAAAGAUUUCACGAUGCCUUUCGGAUUAGGACAUCGCGUGUGUGCGGGAGAAACCUUCGCGAGAUACAACUUGUUUGGACUGCUCGCUACAUUGCUACAAAAUUUUAACUUUCUGUUCGUGGAAGGACAACCAACAUCGCUCGACGACAAACUGCCCGGCUUGAUUACGACUCCGAAAGAAACGUGGAUUAAAGUAGAACCGCGUGGUUGAUCGAAAAUUUGACUACGCUUGUUUGAACAGUGUCGUACAAAUCAUAGCGUUAUAAUUAAUUAUAUUCUUUCUCAUUAUAUUUCUUAUCAUUUGUUUCUCUUACGUCGUGAGCGUGCGAUGACACUUGAAAGAAGGAAGAGACAAAGGCUGUAUCAUUACUAUCACUAGUAUCAUUAUCAUUAAUAAUCAACUUAGGAAUAAAAUUGAAGAACACUAUUUAAGUACUAUAAAUUUAUUUUAUAAUUUUAGACAGUCAGACAAAACUUACAUUACUUCAAGUAACUAAAUACAAUUAAUAUGUUCGAAAUUCUGGAAACAACUAUCAUUGGUUACUUGUAUUUUUUAUUGCCUGAAAGUUGUCGAACUUUUAGGACGUUUAGUACUCACAAAAUAAAAAUGUUAUUUACAGAUA